CAAGGACAAGAUGCAGCCUCCUUUCUCUUACUUUUCUUAUGUAUACUAAGCGUUGCUUCUAAUUUUCUUUCUGCUUUACAUUGUAAUUGCUCCUACUAUUGUGGCUUCCUGCGCGUGCAAUAAUUUGAUUGCAGCCCCUAAUCGUCGACGCACCGCACCUACCUGCUAAGCACACAAACUUGAUGCCUUCACGGUAGCACGGCGUGGGCCUACUACUUCAUUUCCCUUCCUCCUGCCUACCCUACCCCCUACAGCAUGGCUGAACCGCAAAUACACCUCGUCGACCACACCGACGGCGAAGAAACGCAAACGACCCAGUCUGAAGCACCACCGCCUACACCAGACUCGCACAUCGAUGUGCUCUUCGAGAACCAGCGCGGCUGGUUCGUCUUCGGCAUACCCCUCUUUUCCUCGAAAGCGCUAUGGAACUUCAAGAUCGACCCCGCACCGUGGGUAGACGCGAAGUGCAAGCCCUCAGCCGUCAACAUCACGAAUGCACAAGUACCCGACCCUAGCUGGGUGUGGGACUGGAAGAGCUGGUAUGUGGAUAUGAGUCUUGAUGUUGAUGAGGAGGGCUGGCAAUAUAGCCUGCUAUUCAAAGGCUCGCCGUGGCACGGCAAUCAUCCGUGGUUUCACAGCUUCGUGCGAAGACGACGCUGGCUACGGAGGCGGGUCAAGCAGAAGUUGCCACCGAAGACGAAGGCGACUCAGAGAGAACGACUGUUUGGGGAGACAUUCAGCAUCAGUACAACACUGGCAAGGUCAACUACGAUGGGAACGGGGACUUUGAGUGCACAAAAUAGCUCCCAAGCGUCGCUAGAUGAGGAGGUUCGAGACAUAUCGACAUUGAUGAGGAAGCUAAAAGCGGCUGCUAUUGAUCGAGAGAAGAUCAUCAUAAUUCACAAGUUCAUUGACGAUGGCGGGGAAGAGCUACAUUAUUUGGCGCAGCAGAUACCAAUCAUCAUGUCAAUGCUCGUUUUCCAAAACUCGCGCCGCCAACUCCUCUCCACGUUAAUGGACCGCUUUGACGCCGCAAAAGACCACCGUGCAGAACACAAGAAGGAAGACAAGCCUGAAAGCGAGACCGAAGAACGUAGGAUCGAUAACUUGCUAAAGGCCGUCGAGGCAGCCGACAGCGAAUGUAAGAAGCUGGAAUACUGGAGUGAUAUCAGGAAUCUAGCCGAGGAGGGCAAAGCUGGCGAAGCUACAGAUCCCUCGAGAGGAUGGGACGAGAAAUGGCAAGGUCUGGAUGGCAGCGGUGCCAAACACCCUGCGACUUGAUUCAGGAUACUAUUGCAUCGAGGAAGGCGUUAUCAGGAGUUAGAUAUGUUUAGUGAUAUCCUUUGUUUAGUGGAAAGCGGGAGCUGAAGGACUUCAGCAUUUCAGCAUAGCAUGGUCAUAGACAUUGUAAUUACAACCACACCUAGUGCUACUCCUAUCAAACAGCCUAGCCACCCUC